AUGAAAUUCAUGUCCAUUCUAGCUCUCGUGCCUCUUUCAGCUGAGGCAUUCAGUGCCGGUAGUCUCUCCAUGCCCACACCUCGGUCAUCCAUGGUUCCCCGCGGUGAUUCUCCCUCGACCGACUCACAAGCCGAUGCCAUCACUGCCAAUCCUUGGCGUCUCACUCUAGACAUUGGUCGCGAGCCUUUGGCCAACAUGCCAUUCGACUGGGCAAGAUCUGGAUGUCGAAUGCCUCUAGUGAUCCCCUGUGACUUUCAGUCCGACAAUAAAUUAAUUCCUCGGGCAGAAACGGUUUCUUUCACUGGACCCAAUGGUGCGGUUGUGAGUCCUGUGCGAGGAGGAGAAUGGGAAGUCUCAAACAAUGACAAAGAGAUUAAAUGUGAAUUGACGUUUCCAAAGAAAAUGGAACGACGAGAUGUUUGGAUUGACGCAGGGACUACUCUGACGUUGUUUGGUACUGUGUAUACAGCGGAAGAACUAGAGAGGUUGAACCAAGAAUUCUAUGCAGCUCGUGAAGAGGCUUGGGAACUUGGUGGCGAAUUGAAUGAGAUUGCAGACCAGAUUGAAGGCCCCAAGAAAUGGAAUGAAGAAAAGCAGGUAUGGGAAAAUCGAAUGGAUGGCGUACCUUCCAUCUUUUCACAGAUGCAAAAGCGAGUUCAGCAUAUGGCCGCACAAGCAAAACAAAAGCAAAAAGCAGACCAGCGACCAUCCCUGAAAGACUUGUCCGACGGUGGAACCCUUCCUGGGUUCAGUGAGAGAGGCUUCUUCAUUCAGAAGCAGGGCCUUGUGAAGAUUGGAAAUGUGGUUGCUGGUAGGUGGUAUGCCGAGCCAAUCACAAAUUUGUGA